AUGGCGGACACCAUGUUUCCCCGGCAGACGCCAGCCUAUAUCCUCAACUUUCAGUUCUCUUCCUGGUACCCGAGGUUCUCCAGCGUCAGCAUCAAGUCGACGAUCAUAAAACCUCUGCCGGAGGACUUUGCGGACUACAUGAACGAGGAUAGCAUAUUCCUACCCGAAGGCAGCGAGGACAUGUGCGUCUUAAUCAUACCUGCCAAAUCUCCUCUUAUUCGCCACGAUGAAAAGGAGGACGCAGACGACGAUUAUGACUCGGACGAGCCCCGGCGAACGUAUGCCUUCCCGGAGCUAGACGCCCAAAUACGCAGCGCGAUCAAGCGCUACGAGGGCUCCGUCUUCCCUAAGCUCAACUUUUCUUCCCCUCGGGACGCAGCUUGGAUGCUCCCCUCCUCGUCCCCCCUCAAAUGCACGUCCCCAGCAGACGUGUACCUCCUGCUCAAAUCCUCCGACUUCAUAUCCCACGACCUCAACCGUGAUCUUGUCUUCGACGGGCAGACGCCGGGGCCGAACGAGCCCUACGAGCUGGAGCUGGUCCUGAGGAAGUGGUACGCUGUAGAUCGCAGCCGGGAGAUGCGCUGCUUUGUGCGCGCUGGACGCUUGAUAGGCAUAUCCCAACGCGACACGAAUCACUACCCCUACAUGGCCACCGCCGAAGUCCAGCGCGACAUCGUCGACGCCAUCACGCGCUUCUGGACCGACAAAAUCCAGUCCAACCCACAAUGGGAAGUUGAGGAUUACAUCUUCGACAUCCUCCUCACCCGCGACCUCUCCAAAGCCCACAUCAUCGACUUCAACCCCUACUCCCCGCGCACCGACUCACUCAUGUUCUCUUACGAGGAGCUCGACGCGCUACAUCGCGUGCACACCAACGCCAUGUCUACGGGCAACCCGUCCUCUCCGCCACCGAUCCCCCAAUUCAAAUACGUCGACUCUCCAACGCAUCCGUUCGCGCGCUCGAACGCACCGGCGCACCAGCACAACAUGGUCCCGAUGGAGGCGAUCAGUCUGAGCAGCGGACGGGAUAUCGCAGAGUUCGCUGAGGUGUGGCGGGAGGAGGUGAGGAGGGGGGCAAGGGCAGACGACGAGGACGGCGAGUAG